CCGAUCUUCAGGGCACUGUAUUGUUAUAGAUUAACAAAUUGGAUUAUGGGUUCUGACUUCCAAAUGCACAAUGCUCACAGAAGAUAAUCUAGUUUAGAUAAUGAAAGGGUUGAGGUCCCUUCCCCUGAUCAGGACCGUCUGGGGGGUGCCUUCUUGCUUAAGAGGCAGGAGCGCUUAGGAGCAGUGUUUUUAGGGAACGUGAACGGUGUGUGAGGGACUUUCUUAAAGAUGUACUUACAUAAAGCAAGGUUCGCCGGUAGCCAGAGAAGCACAAUUAAAAAAUGAAGAUCCUCCGUAUCCCAUCAUUUGUGUAUUCCCUGAGAGAAACAACACCGAAUUUACUAUAUUUAAAAAGAAGCAAAGCGGAGGCCACAGUUUGGCUCAGCCUGAUGGCCGGGAGGCUGCACCACCUCAGAGGCCAGGCCGUGGAAGCCGUGUUCCUGCCAGUCCUGUGGAAGGGGUUGCUGUCCUUUGAGGACGUGGCUCUGUACUUCACCAGGGAAGAGUGGGACACACUGGACUGGGCUCAGAAGGACCUCUACAGAGACGUGAUGCUGGACAACUACAGAAACGUGCUCUCCUUGGGAGUUCAGUUUCCCAAACCUGAGGUGAUCUGUCAGCUGGAGCAGUGGGAAGAGCCGUGGAUCCUGGAUCUACCAAGAGCUGGGACUAGGAAGGCUUCCGGUAGUGCUUGCCCAGGUCCUGAAGCCAGAUUCAAGAUGAAAGAGCUAACUCCAAAGCAGAACAUUUCUGAAGAUUUAGAGUCAUGUAAGAUGUCACUGGUAAAGCAGAAAAUGGCCAGGAAACCCUUAGAAAAGUUACUUGAAUGUAACGAAUUUGUGGACAUUUACCGACUUUCACUCCCUACUAUUGGUGAUGAAUGCUGUAAGGACUUCCUUCAAAACCUUAACCUUAUUCAAGAUCGGAAAGCUCAGGCAAGGACAAAGCAGGGCAAAUAUGAUGAGUAUGGAAAACCCUUCCAUCAGAGAUCACUGCUUUUGAGGCAUAAGCGAAUUCUUACAAAUGCGAAAUCUUAUGAAUGCAGCGAAUGUGGAAGAGCCUUCCAGCGUCAAGCAAAUUUUGUUCGACAUCAAAGAAUUCACAGUUCAGAGGAUCCCUUUGAGUGCGACAUAUGUGGGCAGGCCUUCAAACAGAAGUCUGCUCUGAUUGUCCACAAACAGUGUCACUCACAAAAAAAGCCAUAUGAAUGUCAUGACUGUGGAAAGUGUUUCCGUCAGAUGGCGUAUCUUGUUGAACAUAGGAGGAUCCAUACCAAAGAAAAACCCUAUAAAUGUAGCGAAUGUGAAAGAACAUUUAGUCAGAAUUCAACCCUUAUUCGACAUCAGUUAAUCCACAGUGGAGAGAAACCCCAUAAAUGCAUUGAAUGUGGAAAAGCCUUUGGCCGGCAUUCAACCCUUAUGAGCCAUCGACAAAUUCACAAUAAACAGAACACUCAUAAAUGCAGUGAAUGUGGUGAAUCCUUUGGUCGGAAUGUAGAUCUCAUUCAGCAUCAAAGAAUCCAUACCAAGGAGGAAUUCUUUGAAUGUAGCGAAUGUGGGAAAACUUUUAGUUUUAAGGCAAAUCUUCAUCGACAUGAGGUCAUUCAUACUGGAGAGAGACCCUACAGAUGUGACAAAUGUGGAAAAUCUUUCAGUUGGCGCACAAGCUUUAUUAAGCAUCAGGGUACUCACAGAGAGCAGAUACCUAUGUGAUAGUAACCAGAAAAGCUACCAUUUAAAGACCAGAACUUAACCACUCUUGCAAAUAUGUGUAACUCAAUUGUUUUAUGAAAAUUAAUAAACAGGAACUGAAAUGGUUUUUCUGUGGGGACCCUCUCUUCGUAGCUAACCUUCUUGCUACAGUCAAGAAUUACUUAAUAGAGGACUUCCCUGGCGGUCCAGUGAUUAGGACUCUGCACUUCCAACACAGGGGGCAUGGGCUCGGUCCCUGGUCAGGGAAGUAAGAUCCCACAUGCUCUGCAGCACAGCCAAAAAACAAAACAAUAAAACUGGAUUUAAAUUUUAAAAAAAAAGUUACUUAAUAGAAAUGUCAUAGGUUGUUGUGUCCAGUCUCCCUGGGUCCCCUUUACCUUCAUUUCCCCGAGUUAAGUCAAGGCAGAUGGAAGGCAUAGAAGUUUUACUCUGUGGUCCCCCAGGCUGGAGACCAUCUUCUGGAUCGUGAACGAUUUAAGAAUGCCUUUCUUGGUUUCAUAAUGAAAAAUCACCUGAGAUUAUAUAGACGUUUUAAAAAUAAAGUAAGGGCUACCCACUAGUACUACUGAGAUAUUAAGAAUUACCGAAAUUUACCCAGAAACUAAAAUUAGUGUGCUACUAGGUUCUACUGAGAGUUCAAAGUCAAUGUUCAGAGCAGAUGCUG